AUGGGGCCCAAAGGGCCGCGCAGCUCUAGAGAGGCCUCCGGUGGCUGGGCUGCCUGGACCCGGGCCACGUGCUCCUGGUUCCGCCCGUUUGUGCGCACCGGGCGCCUGAACGUCCCUGGGGAGGCUGGGAGGGCCGCGGACUUUGCCAGGCGCGGCCUGGUGCGCCUCGAAGAAGACUCCACCAUUUUGCUUCACCUCUUGCGGUUGUCAACGCCCCGAGGCCAGGACUGGAAGAAGGGCUCCGAGAGCCCCGAGAAGAAGCCCGCGUGCCGCAAGAAGAAGACGCGCACGGUCUUCUCGCGCAGCCAGGUCUACCAGCUGGAGUCCACCUUCGACAUGAAGCGCUACCUGAGCAGCUCGGAGCGCGCCUGCCUCGCCUCCAGCCUGCAGCUCACCGAGACGCAGGUCAAGACUUGGUUCCAGAACCGCCGCAACAAGUGGAAGCGGCAGCUCUCGGCCGAGCUGGAGGCGGCCAACAUGGCCCACGCGUCGGCGCAGACUCUGGUGGGGAUGCCGCUGGUGUUCCGGGACAGCUCGCUGCUGCGCGUGCCGGUGCCGCGCUCGCUCGCCUUCCCCGCGCCGCUCUACUACCCGGGCGGCGGCCUCUCGGCCCUGCCGCUCUACAAUCUGUACAACAAGCUGGACUACUGAGGCUGCCGGCGCGCCCGGCGCUCCCCG